AAGCAAAGAGCCUGUUGCUUUCGGCGUUCGACCGCCUGUUGUCCCAGAUCUAACGAUGCGGUGUUGCUUUCAGGCGGAUUAGAGAGUAGUGCAUUGUCCAGCAGGUAGACCAGAAUUGAACACAGUAUUCGAAGAGUGGCAACAUCGAUGUCCUGUACAGCUACAACAUGAUCUCCCAACUCCAAUAAUCAAUGUACUAACCAAUAAAGAUUGGAGAGCACGUUUGUAGAAAGUCGCACAGAAACUGGGCUGUAUUUUGAAUCGGAGGAUUUCCAAGAAUAUGCUGAUGCCGCAGAAUGGAGCUGAGGAACCUACUCCUGCGGCAUUCUGUCGCCAUGUGGCUGCUUUUACAAAGCUUUGUCCUGAUGACCUUUUGCUUUAACUCAGCGACAACAUGCCCGAAAGGCUGUUACUGUGCAGAACCGGAGAAGAAAUUAAUUGUCCGCUGCAGUGACAUGCACCUGAGGGAGGUCCCCAAGGACAUUCCAAAUAAUACUUGGAAGCUGUACCUUGAUUCCAACCAAAUAACGUCUAUUCCACGUGAUGUUUUCAAGGAUCUGCGGGAUCUGGAGGAACUGGAUUUGUCCAAUAAUGCCAUUCAGCACUUGGAGACUGGGGCAUUCCGUGGUCUAAAUGAAAGCCUGAAGAUUCUGAAUCUCUCACACAACAAACUGGAAACUGUGAAUGAGGACGUGUUCAGCAAACUGAAAGCAAGUAUAAAACUCUCAGGCAAUCCCUGGUUCUGUGACUGCAGGCUGCAGGAAAUGAUUAAGACGGUGAACAUUAAGAUUGGGUUGUCCAACGACAUCAUUUGCGCGACUGCCUACCCAGAGGAGCACGCCAAGAAGUCUUUCCUGGAGGUCGCGCACCACGUGAACUUCUGUAACGUUCACAAAAAGACCACCGACGUGGCAAUGCUGAUCACCAUGUUCGGCUGGUUCACCAUGGUCAUCUCCUACCUGGUGUACUACGUGAGACAGAAUCAAGAAGAUGCAAGACGACACCUUGAGUACUUGAAGUCACUGCCCAGCAAGCAGAGGAAGUCAGAGGCCUCCUCCACCAUUAGCACAGUGGUGUAACAUGACUUGCUGAGAGGUAAAUUCUGGGGUUGCAAGAAGAAAGAAGAAUGAAACCCACUGGUUCAAGAUCCGUGACGCUGUAAAGAUCCAACUGGGACGAGUCAGCAUUUGGAAACCCAGUGGACCACAACUCUGGCGCCCAUCCUCCCUCACAAAACUCUCAUGUGGAAAAAAUAGGGUCGCCAGAAGUAAUUAGUAUUGAAAUGCUAACCUUCUGCUCGGUAUUGUACUGAGGUUGAGGUCACAGUCAAGUCUACCCGCUAAUAUGAAAAAUACUGUUAUCGCCUUAUGCUGUUGAAAACUAAGGAAUGAGCCAGUAACAGGAGGAGAAUAAGCCUGUUUUCAAUGUCUUCUGAAGGACUAUUCUUCCAUUUGAGUCAGCCAAGGUUUAGCUCCUUCUUAGUGUCUGUCUUUCAUUCCUUCUGUUACGAAGCAUCCCUGGGUUUUGGAGGUCUGUGUCCAGCUCAUACUACUCCAUAGUGAUUUUGACAGUUUGCAGACCUAAUAACUGAGAGAGUGAUACACGGGGCAGGAAAGUGUUUUGCUGGCCGAAUCAGAGGGACUCAUUUCAAGUUGAGGACAAUGGUGCCGUACUUCCUCAAAACCUAUGUUGCAUCAGUUAUGGUUCAAAAUAUCCCGUAUCACAGCAUGCAGAUUUGGUUGAAUAAUGUGGGCCCACAGCCAACGUGUAGAGCGUCUAAACUGACAAGGGCAAUCAGGAGUUGCUUGUGCAUAAAUCCUGUAUUUGCCUUCUGUUCGAAGUUCUGUAAUGGGGGGUGGAGAUGCAGGGAAGAGAACUGGCUCAGUGAUGGUGCAGCAAUUGGAGCAGUACCUUCUCAGGAGCUUGUUUGUAAUCAGUGUCAUUUUCUCCACUAACUGCUUUGUGCUCCCUUGCUUAAAGAGCUAUGCUGACUGAGUACUGUUUACAAUUGAGCUCCCUGUUGCACUGACUUGCCUGCUCUAUUUUUUUGCUUAUGUCCACACUCUCGUGUUCAUUGGCAAUGCUUGAGGGGCUCACUGGGCACCAGUGGGGUAGUGUUGGCGAACUGGCGUGCAUCAUCAACCCUCUGGGAUGUUAUUUAUAUUUUUCCUAGUUUAUAGUGGUGUCCCCCUCAGUUGGGGGCACUUUCCUUUUAGUUGAUUUUAAAAAAAGAGAAAUUUGAUUGCCCAUUAUAAAGGAAGUAGAAUUGUGCUCCUUAGCCACAAAUCAACUACAGCAAAUUUUUCUUUCUUACCUGGGGCUCAGGGUGAAAGUUGCACCAUCACGGACGGUUCAUGUUGGAAAGCAAGGCAUUUAUACAAAUCUGCUUUGUUGGGAUUAGCUGUAUCUGCAUCCUAUAAGACCAAAUGCCACAAUACCAAUUCCUGCCAUUAAGUGAUUGGAUUGAUGCUUCACUAGUGCAGGAUAGAAGAGUAAGUUAAGCCUGAGCAGCCAUGUGCAAUUUGGCCUUUCAGCUAAAUAACCCAGUGAGACUCAGCUUGCUGAAGUUAUAUUCGGAAUGAAUUAUAAUUUCAAAUCUUUGAUCUAUUUCGAUUCCAAGGCUUCUUGGGAACCCAGACUGAGAUUGCCCAGUCAACCCAGGUGCCUUAAUUUGCCUCUCUUGAUAGUAAUAUUUCUAACAUUGGUGUACCAGUCAUAAGGGCACACAGGACAUUACAGCCAUGAUAAUGAUUUGGGUCGGGCAUUAUCGGCAUGGACUGGUGAAUGGAAAUUCCUGUUUGACAAAUUUAUUGGUGUUUUUGUGACGAUGUUACUAACACAAUUGAUAAAGGGACUCUUAACAUUCCUUUUGAGAGGGCCACAAUAUCAGAGCAUGGAUGAACUACAGAGGCUGUACAAGGCUCUGGUCAGACAGCAUUUGGAAUAUUGUGAGUGGUUUUGGGACCCCUAUUUAAGGAAGGAUGUGCUGGCUUUGGAGGGGCUGCAGUAGAGGUUUACAUGAAUGAUCCCAGGAUGAACAGCUUGUCAUAUAUGGUGCGGUUAAGGACUCUGAAUCUCUACUCAUUGGAGUUUGGAAGGAUGAGGAGGGAGAUCUGAUUGAAACUCACAGAAUACUGAGAGACCUGGAUAGAGUGGACAUAGAAAUGAUGUUUCUGCUAGUAGGGGAGAAAAGGACCUGAGAGCACAGCAUAGGGGGAAGCAAUGACUCUUUAGAAUUGAGAUGAGGAAGAAUUUCUUCAGCCACAGAGUGGUGAAUCUGUGGAACUCAUUAUCACAGAGGGCUGUGGAGGCCAAGUAAUCUAGUGUAUUUAAGACAAAGAUGGAUAGGUUCUUGGUUAGUGACGGGAUCAAAGGUUACAGGGAGAAGGCAGAAGAAUGGGGUUGAGAAAUACAUCAGCCAUGAUCAAAUGGUGAAGCAGACUUGUCAGGCUGAAUGUUCGUAUGGAUGUUGUAUACUUCGAUUUUCAGGAGAUUUUUCAUAUUGUUCCUACAGGAGACUGGUUAGAAGGAUUAAAAGCACAUGACAAGAAGGGAAUGUGCUGGUAUAGGUUGGCUAACAGACAGAGUGUGAGAGUAAAUGGGUCUUUCUGGAAUUGGCAAGCUUAACUAGUGGGAUACGGGAAAGAUCAGUGCUUGGUCCCCAGCCAUUCACAAUAUAUGCCAAUGAUUUGGAGGAAGGGACCAAAUGCAAUAUUUUCAAAUUUUUAGAUGAUACAAAACUAAGUGGGAAUGUGUGUUAUGAGGAAUAUAUAAAGCAGAUUCAGGAGGGUUUGGGCAGGCUUAGUAAGUGAGCAAGAACAUCGCAGACAAAAUAUAAUGUGAAAAAUGAGAGGAUAUUUACUUUGGCAGAGAGGAAUAGAUGUGCAGAAAGUUUCCUAAAUAGUAAGAGGUUGGAAAGUGUAGAUGUGGGUGUUCUUGGUAAGUAACAGAAGUCUAAUAUUCAGGAGCAGCAAGCUAUUAGGAGAGUUAAUGGAACGUUAGUCUUUAUUGCAAGAGGAUUUGAAUACAGGAGUAGUGAUGUCUUGCUUCACUGUUAUAGGAGCUCAGUUAGACCGCACCUGGAGGACCGUGUGCAGUUUUGGUUUCCUUCUCUCAAGGAAAGAUAUUAUUCCCAUGGAGAGAGAACAAUAAGGUUCCCCUGACUUGUUCCUGACUAUUCUGUGAAGAAAGGUUUGGAAAACUGAACUUGUGUUCUCUACAGUAUUGAAGAAUGAGAGGGCAUCUCAUUACAACCUACAAAAUCAUUAAAGGGAUAGACAGGGUAAAUGCAGGUAAGAUGUUUCCUAUGGCUAGCGAAUCAAAAACUUGGGGCACAAUUUAAAAUUAAGAGGGAUACCACAUCGGUCUGAACUGAGAAGAAAUAAUUUUAGCGAGAAUGUUGUGAACCCUUGGAAAUCUGUACCAAAGAGGGCUGUGGAAGCUUGGUAUGUUUCUGGUAGAAACUGAUAGAUUUUUGAUUAUAGUGGUGUUCGGUGUUAUGGGGAUGGGGUGGAUAAAAGGCAUUCAAAUGUUGAUCAUAUUCAACAGUAGGACAAUCUCGAUGGGCUGAAGGACUUCCUCCUGUUCCUAUGUUCCUGUAGCAAUUUCUCAAAACAGCAUGUUUAAAUUAAUUAUUACAGUUAAGGCAUUGGCUCUGAUGCCAAAUUGGAAACAUCUCUGCUGAGCACAUUGCAAGGAAAGACAGUGAGUGUCAUGUCAAAUGAGGCAAUGUAAGGUUGUUGAAAACUUUUGAAGAUGGAAUGGUUCACUGACUUCACCAAGGCUGGUCUCCUGAGACAACUGCCGAGAUACUGAGCUCAAAAGUUUAGCCAUGCCAUUGAGUCCUGGAGAAAUCCCCUUGAACUCAAAGCUGGAAUGAACACUUUACACCUGAAAUAAUGGGAACUGCAGAUGCUGGAGAAUCCAAGAUAAUAAAAUGUGAGGCUGGAUGAACACAGCAGGCCAAGCAGCAUCUCAG